ACCGCUGCCUCGCCUGGGUCGUUAUCCCUUUGGGUCAGCCCAAGAGGGAUAAAAGCCCGGCGGCUGGAUGGAGCUACUCAGAGUGCGCUAUAGCCCGUUGUGCCAACAUGAGCCGCCUAACCUUCCGCACGACCUCCCUAUUUGUCCUCUUCCUACUCCUCGCCGGGAGCGCCUUGCAGACCCAAGCAAGAGAAUUGCGCUGCCAGUGUGUGAAGGUUGUUUCCCAUGGAAUUCCCACUGCGUCCAUUGCUUCUGUGGCUUUCAUACCUGAGGGACCGCACUGCAUUAGGCCUGAAGUCAUACUCACCAGGAAAGAUGGGAAACAAUUCUGCCUGAAUACAACAAUGCCAUGGGUUCAGAAGGUUAUCCAAAGAUUUGCAAAGCAAACUAGUAACCUGUGAUACAAACACUAUUGUUUGGCUAUGUAGCUGCAAGAAUAAACACUGCAACUGUGAAGAGAGAGCGAGAGAAGGAAGAAAGAAAAAAAUUUGACAGAAGACGACAACCCAAAGACUUAAUUAUCCCUUUAGCGGUUCCCACUUCAUUGUAUUUAUUAUUCAAACAUAUGUUAAUGUAUUUAUUGCUAUCUCUCUAUAUCAGCAUUUCUCGACCAUAACCAUGUUAAGAUGUGUGGACUUCAACUUCCAGAGUUUCCAUACACUUAAAAUUCCAGUGCCAUGCUCUCGUGGCCAUCUAAAUUUUUUCAUAUCAGAUAUGUGAAAGGAAACCCUUUCAAACAAUGUUGCCUGCAAUUCUUGUUACUCCCCUCCGUCGUUUCUCUUUCUCUCCCUCUCUGCCUCUCUCUCUCUCACACACACACACACAGACAUUUGAUUGCUUGAAAGGGACAGGCUGCGCUUUGCUUCUACCGUAAGCACACACAUCCCACAAUCUUUCAGAAUUAUCUGCCUUUUUGUCCUUUUCUCAAGCAGCAGCAGCUGAGUAGAGACCAGGCAGGGGGGGACCCGAUUCCAACAGGUCACAUGGCUUUCUGCCUCAUUGCCAGAAACAUCUCCAGGCACCCAGAGAGACAGAACUCCCAGCCCUCGCUGGAUCAGCUGAUCUGCUGGCCACAGUUAAGGGGCCAAGGUGACUGGGAAGGGAAGGGCUGCCUCCUGGGCUGCCCAUUCCCACCACCUUCACUAGGGCUUAUUUUUGGAAUAGGCUUUAUAUUGGGCCCACCCCCAAAAAAUUGGGAGGGCUUACUUUCGGGAUAGGUUGUAUUUUGGGAGAAACACGAUACUCAAUGCAAUCUACAUGAUAUACUGGUAAUCCAUGAUUUAUAGUCAUUUGUUUAAUGAUUGUUCAAAGUGAUAACCCUGAAAAAAGUUACUUACAACUGAUCCUCACACUUAUGACCAUUGCACCAUAUCCGUGGUCAUAUGAUCUGAAUGUAGACACUUGGCAAGUGGCAUUUAUUUAUGACAGUUGCAAUAUCCUGGGAUCAUAAAAUCACCAUUUGCAAUCUUUUGCAGCUAAUUUCCAACAAGCUGAAUUCACUUAAUGACUACAUGAUUCACUAAAAAAUUAUAGUGAUUUGUUUAAUCAUAGCAAAAAAGAUUAUAAUUUUGAGCACUUAUUCACUUAACAAUAGCCUUGCUUAGCAACAGAAAUUCUGGUCCCAACUGUGGUCUUAAGUCAAGGACUACUUCUAUGUUGCACAUUGAAACUAAUGGAUGUUGAUUGCCUUCUUGAAUGUAAUAAUAGGUUGUGAGCCAUAGUUGAAUUUAUAAAAAAAAGUGGGAUGUAAAACUAUUAAUAUGGUAAAUGCAUACCAAAAAGCGUAAGCAGAAAGGUACUCUAUGCUUUCCCUGCCAGCCUUUUUGGGCCCUAUUCAUUUCAAUGGAGCUUACUAAAGGCUAAAUGUAACAGCCAUGUAAAAGCAUUGCCAUGUUUUGACUAAUACUUAUUUCAUAUUUCAUAACCAUAAGUGGAUUUUUUUUUUAAAAAAAUUGAUGACUUUGUAUUUUCAAUGAAUGUUUUAGAAAAUGUUUCAAUAUGACCAUUUAUGUGGAAAUGUUAAGCAAUGUUUUAAAACCACUUAGUAUUUUUGUAGUUCUUUACUGCAUCUUGUAUUGCCAAAUUACUUUGAGACUUGGUAGAUUUGUUGUUUCUGGAAUACAAAAAAAUAUAACCGCAAUGAAGCCACAUAGUACAAAUUAAACAUUUAAAAAUAUGCAA